GUGCGCGUGCGCGUGUUUAUCCAUCUGUCCGUACCUCGUGUGUGUGUCGGGGUUAUCAGAGCGGCAAGCGCUACCGUGCACAGCGGAAGAGUGAUCGUGGAAAGAUCAACAGCCUCGAUUUCGAACAACAAGCCUUCAACAAAAUGGCCGACGGCAGCUCGGUGGCGCCACCGUCGUGCGACCCGCCUUUCGCCGCCAACUGCACACCGUCAUCAUCAUCAUUGUCCAGCGCAGACGACGCGGAGAUGGCGGCGGCGAUGAUGGCGAUGGCAAUAUCGCGUAGCGUGCUUACGAUCGUCUACUCCGUCAUAAGCGUCGUCGGUCUCUGUGGCAACAGCCUCGUCAUCUACGUCGUGCUGCGAUUCUCCAAGAUGAAAACCGUCGCCAACGUCUACCUCGUCAACCUCGCCAUCGCAGACGAGAUCUUCCUACUCGGAAUCCCCUUCGUCAUCGUCACGGCGCAAAUGCACACGUGGCCGUUCGGCGACGCGAUGUGUAAAGUCUACAUGACGACAGCGACCGUCAGUCAGUUCACGAGUUCAGUGUCGCUGAUCGUCAUGAGUUUUGAUCGGUACAUGGUCUUUUGUCAACCGCUGCGGUCGCUGCGCAGUCGCACGCGAAAACUCGCCGUCGGCAUCUGCUCGUGCGUCUGGACGAUGGCCUUCAUGAUGACGCUUCCCGUCAUCCUCUACGCCGGCGUUCAGGGCGACGAUGGGCAGGAGGACGUCACGUGCGUCGUCACGUGGCCCGGACACGCGUCGGAUACCAUCUUCCUGUGCUACACGUGCGUCGUCAGCUUCGCGAUUCCCGUCGUCGCCAGCCUCGUGCUGUACGCCCGCGUCAUGGUCGCCAUGCGCACGCGUCGCUACGCCGUCGCCAUGUCGGCCGACGUCGAACGCUCCGAGCGACGCGUCACCAAGAUGGUGCUCACCGUGAUUGCCGUAUACGCGUUCUGCUGGCUGCCAUACUGGACGCUGCAGAUCAUGAUCCGGGUGUCGCUGGCGCCGCGGAGCUAUCUCAUCUACGUCGUCUGCGCUGUGUUCUCGCUCUCGUACGCGUCGUCCAUGACGAACCCUUUCCUCUACGCCUUCCAGAGUCAGUCGUUUCGGCAGAGCUUCGCGCGAGCAUGUCGUUGUCGUGCGGUGCGACGGAAGCUUAAUGGGAAGCUACAAAGACACGCGAACGGACAUCGCAGCUUGUGGUUGUCGUCGGCGAUAGACGAAUCGCGCGCCGACCGAUUGUUGGUUGCCGACAGGCGCGCGUCGGUGCAGUACACGUGCGACGAAACUCGCGUAGCCGACGGAUUAUUGGUCGCAGACGGAUGUGCGACGUCGGCGCCGUACACGUGCGACGAAACGCGGGACGACGCCGACGGAAUGUUGGCUGCCGACGACAAAAGUGGGGCGACGAUGCAGCACACGUGCGACGAACUACGCGCCGACCGACUCCUGGCUGCCGACGACAAAUGCACGUCGGCGUCGUGCGCGUGCAACGAUGGCGUGUGUGUCGUCGUCGCUGCGAACAGUCUGCAGCUGAACGUACGAGCGUCGGCCGACGACGAUGACGUCACGUCCGACUGAAAUAUCUACCGUCAAAGAAUUGACCGCCAUGUUUACGUCGGUAUUUUUACCUUCGGUUCCUUUCCCCCGCGCUGACCCAAACUCAUCGUAUUUAGUGUUGAAUCAUUGUCUUUGCACGUCUCCGAUUUAAUAGUUCAUUUUCGCACGUUGUAUUUUAACGCUGUAAAGUUCUGGAGGCUAGAAGAUGAUUUCUUCUUUCGGGCUAUGAAAUGUUUUCUUUCCUCCGAUGGCUUUCACGUAUUAAAUCUCAUUCUUCUUAUAUUUGGA